AUGUCAGAUCUACACAAAUCGUUUCUUAAACGAAUCAAAAAAAAGGAAUUGGAGUUUGGAUUGACUCUGUUGUCUGAAGAUUCGAAUGAUCAGCCAGAAUCCAUAGAUCAAAAUAUACCGGAGGUUAAUGUAUCGGCCGACGAGGGUAACAUACUAGCCAGAUUCAAAUCAUUCAAAGAGACCUACUUUACCGAGAGUGAAGUAUACCAAGACAAAGAGAGGAAUCUAUCAUUUCAAACGUACUAUCGUGCACCUUCUUCAGAUAAUACCACGGUUAUAUUCUGUGCUCAUGGUGCUGGCUCUUCUUCAAUGACAUUUGCAACACUAGCGAAGCAAAUAACACAAGAGGAGUCAUUUGGAAUAUUCACAUACGAUUUCAGAGGCCAUGGUGCAUCUUCGCCAUCUACCGAGUAUUCCCUUCCAAGUUUAGUCGAAGAUGCCCGCUUUGUUAUUACUACAUUCUUGAAGCUACAUCCAGGCAACACAUUAUAUUUACUAGGUCAUUCAUUAGGAGGUGCGGUACUAUCCAAACUUGUCAAUGUAUCCCAACCAGAAUCAGUACAUGGACUCAUCCUAUUGGACAUCGUGGAAGAAACAGCGGUCAAGUCAUUAACAGUAAUGCCACAAUUCAUAGAAAGACUACCUAAAAGAUUCCCGUCACUUGUGCACGCCAUAGACUGGCAUAUGAAAUUCUUGCUACAUAACAAGGAAUCUGCCGAAUUAAGUGUUCCUGACUUACUACACCUUGAUAAAUUAACUUGGAAAGCAGACCUACUGUUGACUACGCCAUAUUGGGAUACGUGGUUUGACGGCUUAUCAGACAAUUUCAUAAAUUUUCUGGGCCCAAAGCUCCUCCUAUUAUCCGCUCAUGAAACUUUGGAUAAAAAGUUAAUGAUUGGUCAAAUGCAGGGCAAGUAUCAAUUAGUUGUAUUUAAUAAUAAUCAAAACUCGGGCCAUUUCAUCCAUGAAGAUUUACCCAACCAGACAAGCAUAUGUGUAUCUGACUUUAUAAAACGAUCAACUAAUCCGCAAAAGUUUCUAAAACAAGAAGGAGUUGUGCCUAAAUGGGGUGGGAAAAUACAUCAAUAG